UGUUUAGGAAACUUGUAAUAAUCCCGUAUCUAAUAAUUUUAUUUUAAAUUACUGAUAAAUGAUAAUGUUUGGGAUUUUACUGUCGUACACUGUUGUCUUCUCACCACACACAUAUUUGGUUCACUUCUCUAUAAUGUUUUGUCGUUAAUGUUAUAUAAUAUUUGUUAAUUUAAAAUAUGAGUAUACAAAGUGAACUUAUUUAUGACCCCAACGUAAAUGUUAUUCCUGGUUCUCCUGAAUCAGCAACUAUUGCAACUGACUUAUUGGAUAAAAUUGAAGAACUUAUUGAAGGUGAUAAUGAAUGUACAACAAUUAAUAUAUCUGAAUUGCCUAUUUGUAUUGAUAAUAGUGUUGUGGUUAACGAUGUAGUAGGGCUUUUCACAAAAUCCGGAGAAUUUAGGAAAAGGAAAAAAUAUUUAACAAGUGUAAAAAUGCGAAAACAAAUAAAAUUAGACUAAGAAAAAGAUCUUUAUGGGAUGUACUACCAGUUGGAGUAUUCGCUCAAAAAUGCUCACAAUGAAGGCAUUUGGUCAUGCGACUGGGGUGAAAAAUACACAAUGAAUACUUCCAGUAAUCGAAAUACUGAUCAAAGUGAUAAUAAUGAUGAAAAAACUGAAGAAACUCACCAAACCGAUUGUAUUGUGACUGGUUCCAUGGACCAAUCAGUGAAAAUAUGGAGUUAUGAUUCAACUGUUCCAAAUCUCCAACUUCAUCAUUCUCUUGAAGGGGCAAUAAUGGCAAUUAUAUCCGUUGUAUUAAAUUCUGAUGCAACAAUUGUUGCAUCAAGUUCAUUAGACACUAAUUUGUAUCUGUGGGAUACAUUAACUGGAACAAAACUUAAAACAAUAACAACUGAACCCCUUGAGUUAUGGACUCUUGUAUUUUCACCUGAUGACAAGUAUGUUUUAAGUGGUAGUCAUAAUGGUAAAAUUAUCGCUUACAAUAUACAAACAGGAAAACAUGAUUACUCAUUUGAUACUAAAGGAGCAUUUACAAUGUGUGUUGCAUAUAGUCCAGAUGGUAAAUACUUAGCUUGUGGCUCUUUCAAUGGAUUUGUUUAUAUAUUUGAUGUUACAACUAAACGACUCGUACAUACUAUUAGGAAAGGUAAAUUGCAUAUUCGGUCUUUAUGCUUCUCAUCAGACUCAAAAUAUUUGGUAACUGGAUCAGAUGAGCAUGUAUUGCAUAUAUAUUCAGUUCACAACACUACACAUUUAAAGUCUCUUAAUGAACACAAGUCAUGGAUUCUAGGCCUAGACUUUGCACCUGACUGUAAGACUUUUGCUUCUUGUAGUGCUGAUAAUACUAUUAAAAUUUGGGAUGUAAAUACUUUUUCUUGUAUCAAUACGUUAAGACACCAUACAGAUAACGUAUGGUCUGUCAAGUACAAUUCAAUUGGAGAUAAAAUGAUUUCAGUUUCUGAUGAUAAUAAUAUAAAUGUUUAUUCAAAAUAAUCUAUUUAAUUUGAAUAUAAUAUUUUGUAUUCAUCAUACAUCAUACAUCAGAUUAUAUCUAAACAUUUUAUUGUUUGAUACAAGUACACAAAAGGUAAUUAAAUCAUUUUAAAUUAAAAAAUAAAA